UGAGUUCGUUUUGACAGUGGAACUGCAGGUCCUUGUUGGCUGCGUCCAUAUCAUUGUUUCGUUGUGGACACCCUGCAGAAAUGAUUACUUGUGAAUUCUUUGUCCUUAUUCAGUAUCUUACAAAGAGCACUGUAGACAUGCUACUGUUUCGGGUUGACAAAAAGCCACUUAUUCUGAAGGUGAGAGUUUGGUCGACAGAAACCUACAUCUGACGUAUUUCAUUAGGCCCGCUGUUUCAGCUAAUUCUGAAAUACUCGACCUCGGUAAUGCAAUGGCAGAGAACUUGGUCAUUUCAGUUUCCAGAAGCAUCGUUACUCUUUCAGCACUUGUGAUUUUCGGCAACUUGCUGGAACAAAGUCAUGGUCAGUGGUGGUUUCCUACAGCGCCAACAACUACCUCUCCAUCAUCGAAUUCCACAAAUCCCACGAAUUCGUCGACAAACAUUCCACCUUCAGCCAGCUUUACAACUCCUCCAGUCAUGUCGCCUUCGUUCAGCUUCCCGAUCAACCCAGCGGGUUCAAAUACAUCGUCAACAGCCACUCCGUCAACUUCUAUCGGUUUCCCAACCUCUCCAUACGCCUCGUCUUCGCCGCCAACGACCCCAACUACUAGCACCACUCUCAUUGUCAUGUCAAAUUCGUUUGGGUUUGGCCCUUUGACGAUCUACACGUCCGUGCAAGCUGCCAUUGAUGCAGUUCCAGAAAACAACACAGGAUUGGUUACGAUUGAAAUUCUCUCCGGCACUUACACGGAGAAAGUGUCGAUCCCAUCAAACAAACCGUACAUUACUCUCCAAGGCACUGGGAGAACAACGACGAUUAUCACGUACAAUGAUACAGCCAACUCUACCAACUCCACCUUCAGAAGUGCCACCUUCUCAGUGUGGGCAAACAAUUUCACUGCACGGAAUCUUACUUUCCAGAAUUCGGCACCACAUGCAGUAGCAGGGGAAACUGGUGCUCAAGCUGUUGCUCUGCUGAUCGGUGGGGACAUGGCGGCGUUCUAUGGGUGCGGUUUUCUAAGCUCACAAGACACGAUCUGUGAUGAUGCAGGUCGUCAUUACUUCAGAGAUUGCUAUGUUGAAGGGAAUAUUGACAUAAUCUGGGGUAACGGACAAUCACUAUACGAGUAUUGCGAAGUAAAAUCUACCGCAGAUAAUAGCAGUGGGUGCAUCACAGCACAGGGUCGUGCUUCAGACGAUGAAACCACCGGAUUUAUUUUUGUGGGUGGCUCCAUUACGGGCACCGGUUAUAAUCUACUUGGACGGGCGUACGGCUUAUACUCUCGUGUUUUGUUCAUUGACACUUACAUGGACAACAUUAUCAAUCCUCAGGGUUGGAGCGACUGGCCUACCACCGUUACUAUGUACAAUUCCAGUUCACGCCGCCUUCUGGACAACUCAACGAUUAGGCAUGAGUACUACGGAGAAUAUGGAAAUACAGGUCCUGGAGCAAGCUUAACAUACCGAGUGAACUGGAUGCACAACCUAACGGAGGCAGAGGCUGCCAACUUCUCAAGCCUAACUUUUAUCGACGGGCUAUCAUGGCUAGCUUCUGAGACAUGAUCUCCUGCGAAGUGAAUGACGUUUUCAUCACAUUACCACGUGGGACAUCUUGCUCUUUCCAUAGCAUUCGAUCAAGUUCAUGAGGGCGUUACUAUAGUUCAGAGUACUUAGUUCUUUAACAUACCCUCCCAAAUCGUUUGAAUGUAGAGCUCUGGUUAGAAUUUUAAUGAGAGCAAGUAGCCAAAGCGAUAAUGCCCUCGCAAGCAACCAUUAGCAUUGUGCAUUCUUCUCAAGAAUGAAAGGGCAGGGAAGAACUUUGGAACCCCAUCCUUCUUGUUGACUUCGAAGAAAGGAUGUAUGGCCCAUCCUUAUUGAGUACGUGUCUACCUUAAUUUUAAAUCACUGUUCUUCACUUAAAGCCCUUUAAUGAAAACAUUUUUCA